AGCAUUUUACUUCCGCUCGGUCUAUGUGGACUGAUGAAAUGUAGGAAAUCUGUUUCUGGCAGGGGGAAAAAUCGUUUUCCCAAACUGCACCAAGAGGAGACUUCAGAGAAGUAUGAAGAGGGGCAGUGUGACUGUAGCUGUUGCCGCUGCCUCUGCCGCUGCCGCUGUACUGGUGGGGUGCGGGGAGCCGCUGCUGCAGGACCUGCGCCUGGAGGGGGCCGGCCCCAAGAAUCUGCAGGAGCCCAGGCGGGAGCCCUGGCGUCUCUGAAAGCAGCCAACAGCACAGCUCGGAACCCGGGGGUAUUACAAGUGGAUAAAUAAUGUGCACUGCUCUGAGCCCAAAGGUGCGCAGUGGGCCUGGCCUCUCUGAUAUGCAUCAGUAUAGCCAAUGGCUGGCCAGCAGACAUGAAGCUAAUUUGCUACCGAUGAAAGAAGAUCUGGCCUUGUGGUUAACCAAUCUAUUAGGGAAGGAGAUCACAGCAGAAACUUUUAUGGAGAAGUUGGAUAAUGGUGCUUUGCUCUGUCAACUUGCAGCAACUAUGCAGGAGAAAUUCAAAGAGAGCAUGGAUAUUAACAAGCCCACAAAGAGUCUUCCAUUGAAGAAGAUUCCAUGCAAAGCCAGUGCACCCUCAGGCUCCUUUUUUGCCCGAGAUAAUACAGCAAAUUUCUUAUCCUGGUGCCGAGAUUUAGGUGUGGAUGAAACAUGUCUAUUUGAAUCUGAAGGUCUGGUCCUCCACAAGCAACCCCGAGAAGUUUGUCUCUGUUUGCUAGAGCUUGGCCGGAUUGCAGCCAGGUAUGGCGUGGAACCUCCUGGUUUGAUAAAAUUGGAAAAAGAAAUUGAACAAGAAGAAACACUUUCUGCCCCUUCUCCUUCACCUUCUCCUUCAUCAAAGUCGUCUGGGAAAAAGAGUACAGGAAACUUACUGGAUGAUGCAGUGAAACGAAUUUCAGAAGAUCCUCCUUGCAAAUGCCCAAACAAGUUCUGUGUGGAGCGGCUUUCUCAAGGAAGAUACCGAGUAGGAGAAAAGAUUCUCUUCAUUAGGAUGCUGCACAACAAACAUGUCAUGGUUCGUGUGGGAGGAGGAUGGGAGACUUUUGCAGGGUAUUUGUUGAAACAUGACCCCUGCCGAAUGCUGCAGAUCUCCCGUGUGGAUGGCAAGACAUCCCCCAUCCAGAGUAAAUCUCCAACCCUUAAGGACAUGAAUCCUGAUAAUUACUUGGUGGUCUCUGCCAACUAUAAGGCUAAGAAGGAGAUUAAAUGAAACUAAUUGGUUAUGACAAGGGGACUCUCAGAAUGGCCUAUAUCCACUUCUCCAGUGUAGUCAGUUUAGUUCACAUGCUCUGAAAACUACUUUGGAAAAAGGCGUAACAGAAAGAAAAAAAAAAUGUCAUCAUAAUGCAAAAUGUUCAAAGAGUAGCACUAUUUAUUUUCAAUGCUUCUGUAGAAAAUGACCUAUUCAAAGAAAUUCUAAACUCAAAUUUCAAUUAGAUGAGUUAUAGACAAAUUAUUAUUUGUCAAUACGUGAGCAUAGUAUUUAGAACACAAUAUUAGGAACACAAUUCUAGCUAUAGAUGCUCAAGAUAAAACUUUCAGGAGAAAUUAUUUAGGAUUUGAAGAUAAGUCAACAGAAAGUGCCUGCUGUAUGUUGUGAGUAAAAGCACCCCAGACAUUUUUAUAAUUGCAGAAUUUUUUAAGCUAUUUUUUACAAAAUAACAAUUUGUGUGAUAAUGUGCUACUAAAAAAUAUCCAAUGACAUUAUAAAUAAGUUCAGAGGACUCAGAACAGUAAUACUUUACUGGAAAGGCCAAGUCAGAAAAGUUUACAUUCACUUGGAAGAUUGCCUUAAAGUUUAUCUCUUAUUUUUGACCAAAUAUCUGGGGUACUUUUGGAAGUCUUCAAGACACCCCCUUAGCGAAUAGUUUAUGAUUUCACACACACAUAAGCAUACAUCUGUGUUUAGCAUGACUUAGUGUAACUCACACACACAAGCUGACAUACAUUUAUAUUUUGAUGAGUGAAUUGUACGAAUAUUCAUUACUUCAUGUUAUUUUAAAGCAUUUUCUUAAUUAAACUAUAUCUAAAUCCUACAUUGCUAUGCUGUCUAGUAAAUUCACUGUAGCUAAUGAUAUUACAGACUUAUGUAUACCCUCAUAUACCUGGACAGGGCUGUUUUGUACCAAUAAACAGCAAAGUAUUGUCCUCACUGAUUGAAAAAAUUAAAAACAUAAAUUUUUAAAAUGUUACUUGUUUCUCUAUCAAUGCUUCAAUCUGAAAUAAAGUUCAUCUUCAAAUGGC